AUGGCAGAGGAGCCUCCAUCCCAGGGCCAGCUGGGCUGGGGGAACCACGGCCUCCCUUGGCAGGGCCACCCAGCUCCAGUUUCUGGCCUUUCUUCACUUUCCCAGAGCCUGGAUGGGGACCAAGCUGUGCUCCAGAGGAUCAGGAAAUAUGUGAAAGCCAUUCAUGUCUCUGGGCUCACCCACGUGGAGAACGAGGAGCAGUACAGCGAAGCCCUGGAGAGCUUUGGCAACAACCACCUCUCCCAGAACAACCACGAGCUCUCCACUGGCUUCCUCAACCUGGCUGUGUUCACCCGUGAGGUCACCGCGCUCUUCAAGAACCUGGUGCAGAACCUGAACAACAUCGUGUCCUUCCCCCUGGACAGCCUGCUGAAGGGGCAGCUGAAGGAUGGGCGCCUGUACCUGCUGAAAGCCAGUGAGUCUCAGAUGAAGCAGGGACCAGAUUUCCUGCAGAGCCUCAUCAAGUUUUUCCAUGCUCAGCACAAUUUCUUCCAGGAUGGUUGGAAGGCUGCCCAGAACCUCUACCCCUUCAUUGAGAAGCUGGCUGUGUCCCUCCAUGCACUCCACCAGGCCCAGGAGGAGGAGGUGAAGCAGCUCACCCAGACCCGGGAUUCCCUGCGCAGCCUCUUGCAGCUGGAGAACAAGGAGGAGAACCUGAGCAGGAAGAACUCGGGCAGUGGUUACAGCAUCCACCAGCACCAGGGGAACAAGCAGUACGGGACGGAGAAGUCGGGGUUCCUCUACAAGAAGAGCGAUGGGAUCCGCAAAGUCUGGCAGAAGAGGAAGUGUGGGGUGAAAUAUGGAUGUCUGACCAUCUCCCACAGCACGAUCAACCGUCCCCCUGUCAAGCUGAACCUGCUCACCUGCCAGGUGAGGCCCCACCCCGAGGAGAAGAAAUGCUUCGACCUGGUGACACACAACAGGACCUACCACUUCCAAGCAGAGGACGAGCAGGAGUCGGGGGGCAGUGGGGGGAGAGGCUGGAGUGGGGGGGUGGGGGGGGGUGGGGGGGACCCUGCCCUGCAGGACCUCACCAAGCUGGUCAUCCACGAGGUGAAGAACAUGCCAGGAAACAAGCAGUGCUGCGACUGCGGGGCCCCAGACCCCACCUGGCUUUCCACCAACCUGGGCAUCCUGACCUGCAUCGAGUGCUCUGGCAUCCAUCGGGAGCUGGGGGUGCAUUAUUCCAGGAUCCAGUCCCUCACCCUGGAUGUCCUCAGCACCUCAGAGCUGCUGCUGGCUGUCAGUGUUGGGAACACCCGUUUCAACGAGAUCAUGGAGGCCACCCUGCCCAGCCAGGACUGUCCCAAGCCCUCAGCCAGCAGUGACAUGGCUGCCCGCAAGGAGUUCAUCGUGGCCAAGUACAUGGAGCGGCGCUACGUGCAGAGGAGCGGGCGCGAGGAGCCCCAGCGCCUCUGGGACACCAUCCGUGCCCGGGACCUCCUGGGCCUGCUCCAGGCCUUUGCUGAGGGCCACGACCUGGCCAAGCCCCUGGCCACCCCCGAGGGCCAGGACACGGGCGAGCUGGCCCUGCACGUGGCCGUGCGCCACGCCGACCGAGCCUCCCUUCCCCUGGUGGACUUCAUCAUCCAGAAUGGGGGGACACUGGACCGGGUGACCCAGGACGGGAACACGGCUUUGCACUACAGCGCGCUCUACAACCAGCCCAACUGCCUCAAGCUGCUCCUGAAGGGCAAAGCCACCUUCUCCAUGGUGAACGCGGCGGGUGAGACGGCCUUGGACGUGGCCAGGAGGCUGAAGCACACGGAGUGUGAGGAGCUG